AUGAACUCUCUGACGGAUGAAACCGAUGCUGAUCUAGAUUUAUCACCAACUACCGCUUCAGAAUGCGAGGAGGGCGCGUCAUCUGUAGCACUCGACGCAGCUGUCCAAAUUCGUCCUCCGCAAUCAUUUUUCGCGUUUCUUCUGUGGUACUUUCGAAUGUUUUUGUUACAUUUGAGUCCAAUUUGGUUUGCGAUGUCCAUGGGAACAGGUAUUACAGCAGUGAUUCUCCAACUGCUUCCCUACCGAUUUCACGGACUGGAAACGAUUGCUCUUGUCUUUUUUGCCAUAACACUUUUUUUCUACUUGUUUUUCUUAUUUUUAAGCGUGAUAAGAUUUCUAUUAUGGCCUCAAGUAUUCUGGUUGCUCCUUUUUCACUCGACUCAUUCCGAUUUCCUGGGUUGUGUAUCUAUGUCUCUCAGCGUAAUUAUUAAUUUUUGUGUGGCUCAUUUUAUCAAGGAAAGAGAGGGCAGUUUUAGAUAUUUUGUAUGGGCCCUAUGGUGGCUAAAUGCUAGUUUCACAACUAUCUUGUGCUUUGGACUAACCUUCCUCAAAACAACAAGGCAUGCGCAAUACUUAAACAGCAUAACGGGUAUAUGGCUUCUGCCUAUGGUUGCUCUGAUUGUUGUUGCUUCUGCUGGAGGAGUUGUGUCUGACACGCUUCCCAUUCAUUAUGCAAAAAUGACAAUUAUUCUUUCUUACAUGAUGCUAGGCACCGGAUGGUCUCUUACCUUCUUCACUUUGACUCUCUACUAUGCACGACUCAUAUUCCACAAGGUGCCACCCGCGGCUAUCAUUAUUACAGUUUUUAUACCCCUAGGUCCAUGCGCCCAGGCAUGUUUUGGAUUCCUUCGGCUUGCAUCAGCGAUACAAAAUGUGUACAAAAACUCUGGUCAGUCUAUUUUUGGUGCAGGUCUUGUUUCCCCUGAAAAUGCGAGGCUCAUGGAUCUAGCUAUUCAGGCCUGUUCUGCUCUACUUGCGGUGAGCAUGUGGGGCUUUGCUUUUUUCUGGCUUUGUAUGGCCUUGACAAUCUGGGUCGAUACUUGGAUGGCCACGAAGUUAAAAUUCAAUUUAGGAUGGUGGGGAGCAUGUUUCCCUAUGGGAGUGUAUGCUCUAGCUACCAUUGAGAUGGGCACAGCAUUGGAUUCUGGAUCAUUUAAAGUUCUUGGUGUAGUACUAACCCUCGCCACCAUUGCUAUAUGGCUAUUCCUGGUCUCCUUAUCCCUAUUUUAUGUCGCGCGUGGAAAAUUAUUUUAUGAACCUUACUUGGGAGAAGUGAGCCAGCCGCCCAAGUCCGUUGAAUCGAAGCGGCAGUACGACUUUGUGCCUCGAAAUAAGAUACCCCGAAUUUGGCGAUAUUUGAACAAGUUUACUGGCCUCAAAUGGUAA